AUGGCAGGCAAAGGACGAAGCACAAGCCAGCAAGCCUGUGCAGCUUGCAAGUACCGCAGAAGAAAAUGUGCUGAAGCAUGUGCUUUAGCUCCGUAUUUUCCAGCCGAUCAAGAGGAAACGUUUCGAAACGCGCAACGGUUGUUCGGUGUUUGCAGGAUUCAGAAGAUGCUACGGCAAGCGGAUAAAGAUAAGAGAGAAGAUGUUAUGGUAUCCAUAAAAUAUGAGUCCAACAUGCGCGCUGAAUACCCUGUUCAUGGCUGCCGCGGCGUAGUAUGCCAUCUCCAGUCCCAAAUUCAACAGGUUAUGCAAGAACUUACCCUUGUGAACAAGCAACUUGCCCUUUGCAAGGACCAUUCUGAUGGGCUUCUCACUAAUGGAAAUGGCGAUAACAGUGUAGACAAUGCAAGGCUCAGCAACAAUGACAUUGUUGGCAGUAAAUGUAUAUACGGUGAAAUUAAUUAA